AUGGCCCAGUCGCGCGCCAACGGCUCGCACUACGCCCUCACGGCCAUCGGGCUCGGCAUGCUCGUCCUCGGCAUCAUCAUGGCCGUGUGGAACCUCGUGCCGGGCUUCGGGCAGGCCGAGAAGCCCGCGGGGAACAGCAGCAAGCCCGACCGCGGCGGCGGCGCCAUCCUCAAGAGCAAGACCUUCUCCGUGGCCUACGUGCUCGUCGGGGCUGGAGUGCUGCUGCUUUUGCUUUCCAUCUGUUUGAAUAUCCGCGACAAGAAGAGGCAAAGCGAGGAUAUUACUAGGAUCCAGCACCAGGCAUCUGCAGAGCCUUCGCACCAGGAGGACAGCCAAGAAGAGGACGAAGAUGCAUCUUCCCAGUACUACGUCCCCAGCUACGAGGAAGUGAUGAACUCGGGCUACGCCGAGCCCAGGGACUCGGAGAGGGGCAACCGGAUCAGCGUGUCCCUGCCCUCCUACGAGUCUCUCACGGGGAUGGAUGAGAGCACGGCGGUGCCGGGGGCUGCCGGUGCGGAGCCCGGCACCGAGCGGCCGCCCAGCCGGCACGGCUCGCGCCUGAGCAAGCGCCUGAAGCCGCUCAAAGUGCGGAGGAUCAAGUCUGAGAAGCUGCACCUCAAGGACAUCCGCCUAAACCUGGCCGACGGCAGCAGCGCGGGCCCUAUAACGAUAGAGCCGCUCACCCCACCACCCAAGUACGAGGAGAUUCAGGAGAAGACACCCGACAGCCAGCAGAUGACUUAA